AAAAAUCCAGUAAAGUUCAGACGCAUUAGGUCAGACGCCCCCGCCGCCACACCACGACCACCAACCUACGAACAUGUCCACGCUCAACGAAAUGCCGGUGGAGCCGCCUGUAACGCAAUCCGCGGCGUUCCAUCAAGCUCAUUCGUCAUCUCCCCGCCAUCGAUCACAGCACACGCCCUUCCAGCUCAAGUUCACGUGCGUUGGCCACAAGAAGGCUAUCUCAAGCGUCGAGUUUGCGCCAACUGGACACGUGCUUGCCAGCGCAUGUACGUCCCUCUUACAACUCACUUGAUGAGAAGGACGAAACAUGCGCUGAUCCUGACGUGUCUGCUUCUAGCACCCGACAAAACCGUCAAGUUGUGGGAUGCCUCGUCGGGCUCGCUCAAAACGACCCUCGAAGGCCACGACCAAGGCAUCUCCGACAUUUCGUGGUGCCAGAAUGCGAAAUAUCUCGCGUCAGGCUCGGACGACCGCACUGUCAAGACAUGGGAUAUCGAACAAGGCUGCACCGUUGCUACUUUGCGCGGGCACACCAACGUUGUGUUUUCCGUCAACUUUAACCCUCAAGGAACACUCAUUGCAAGCUCCUCUUUUGACGACAGCGUGCGAAUUUGGGACUUUCGGACCGGUCGCAUUGCUCGAAUGAUUCCUGCGCACUCGGACCCUGUUACGGCCGCUUCGUUCAACCGUGACGGCACGCUUCUCGUUUCGAGCAGCUACGAUGGACUGUGUCGGAUAUGGGACGUUGCGUCAGGGCAGUGUCUCAACACGCUGACGCUGUCGACAGACGCCACGACCACCGACCCGAUCGUGCCCGUCUCAUACGCACGAUUCACGCCCAACGGCAAGUUUGUCCUUGUCAGCACGUUGGAUGGGAAGUUGAGGCUGUGGGACUACGUGCGAUCCCGCGUGCUCAAGACUUACAGUGGCCACGUGAACUCGUCGUUUUGCAUCUUCUCGUCGUUCUCGGUCGUGGGGGACAAACCGCAUGUCGUGAGUGGGUCGGAGGACGGCAACGUCAUUUUGUGGGACGUCCAGACCCAGGCCAUUGCGCAGAUCAUUCCGGCGCACACAGACGCGGUCCUCGCUGUCGCAGCCAACCCCAUGCGACCCAUGCUCGCGACUGGCGCCCUCGAAAAGGACAAGACGGUCAAGGUCUGGGAAGGUUGACCCGGUGUGUGCAUGCUUUGUGGGAAUCCUGCAGAUCGGUCUGUUUGAGCUGCUUUCAGUCGUGCAGCUCCACAGAUACCGCCAAUCGCCUAGACCUUGCAGCGCUCUCGGUAAGAGGGGUCGCUGUCGACUCUGCUGGACUUGUGUCGUUAUUUAAACUUAAGUAAUAUUUUCUCUGACUU